GAGAUGGUCAAUGUUACAUUUGUCACUGAGUUUAUCCUCCUGGGAUUUACUGAACUUGGUGGACUGAGCAUGACAUUUUAUACCAUACUUCUGCUGAUGUAUCUUAUAUCAGUUGCUGGACACAGCUUAAUUAUCAUAGUUGUUUAUAUGGAACCCAAGCUCCAUACUCCCAUGUACUUCUUCCUCGUCAAUUUCUCCAUGGCUGAAAUCUGUUCCACAACAACAGAAGUACCAAAAAUGUUGGCCAAUGUCUUCUCAGGCAAAUCCACUAUCUGCUUUGGAUGUUGCAUGGCACAAGGGUUCAUGGUCUUUGCAAUGGGAGCUGUUGAAUUCAUCAUUCUCACAGUCAUGUCGUAUGAUCGCUAUGUGGCCAUUUGCAAACCUUUGCAAUAUAAAACCAUCAUGACCAAUAGACUCUGCCUUGACUUGGUUUUGCUGGCUUGGGUUGGAGGGUUUGUGAUCAUCUUUUCUCAGUCCUCAGUACUGUGGACUUAUCCAUAUUGUGGAGACAAUAUCAUCGACCACUUUUUCUGUGAUGUUGGGCCCGUUUUGAAAUUGGCUUGUGCUGACACAACUUUGGUGGAGCUGAUAGGUCUCAUAUAUGGUGCGACUUUCAUGUGGGGUUCAUUUGGUCUUUCACUGAUUUCAUAUACAUUUAUUAUAGCCACCAUAAUUGGGAUCCCUUCUGCCACAGGGCGAUCCAAGGCAUUUUUUACGUGUGCCUCCCAUCUCACAGUUGUUAUCAUCUUCUACACAGCAGAUAUGUUCAUGUACUUGAGGCCUUCAACCCACGGAGACACACGAGCCAACAAAGUGGUGUCUCUUGUGCGGACAAGUUUGAUACCAAUGUUAAACCCCUUCAUCUACACCAUCCGAAACAAAGACUUCAAAGCAGCUGUUUGGAAAGUGGUGAAAAGAAAGGAAGAAAGCAUGGAAGAA